CCAAACACACUGCGUCUCUGGCAGCAGGAUUGUGCAUUGGGGAAAUAAAGAAUAAGAUGGACAAGGGAGAAUUUGGCUGAAAUCUCAUGGGUUUUGUCCAAAACUCUUUAGAAUUAUCCACUCCUCACUGUAAACACAUACUCUCAUAGCUGCUGUGAAGCCAGUUGCACAGAGACCAAAGUGGAAGAGACACUGCUUUGCAUUAUAAAACCGGCAAGAUCAAGAGUGGAAUCAGAUGGGUUUCACUGUAAUUUCAAACCAUCUGCAUUAAAUCUUUGUAACUAUAUAUGAACUGGAAGUGGAACUGCUUUGAUACGUUACCACGACCUUGGAUCAACUCUUCAAGCAGAGGCAGAACAGCUGGAAGGUUAUUUAAAAACACAUUUUUUCUUCCCUGUUUCACUUUGCUUGAGAUGAAAACAAACACUACUGGUUUUAUGGUCCUUCAGGACUCCUGCUUCAUCCAGGCAACUUCAGUGAGACAGAUAGAGCUGAUUAUUUUUGGCACUUGUGCACGACAGCAAAAAGGUAACCCCAGGCCCAGGAAUACAAGUUAUACAAACAUUCAAGCAAUCCUCACAGAGGAAACGAAGGAAUUCUCAUUUAGCAGAGUGCAAAGAUAAUGGUCUCCUCGCCGCAAAGUAAUUGAAGUAAGCAUACUGUCAUCAUAAAAUCUCCUGAAAGAUCCUUGGAGGUGUUCACUCCUGGAACAGUCACCAUAACAACCAACAUUUGUAAAGGGAGAAAAGUGCCUUCAAAACACACUGUUUGAAAUUUUCAACUAUAGAGUGAGGCGACACAGACCUCAUCAAGGUGACAGAGAAGCAUUAGAGGAAAUGGGCGCCUUCGCAAAUUAGAAGUUGCAAUGUGCAUUUGGAAAAUCUUGGUAGCAGAGGAGAAAGCAAGGAGGAGGAGCCAGCACUACAUGAGCAAUAAAGAAUCUACCCCAUGCAUCCAUUUACUGACUGCUUGGAAGCUGUGGGUGACUCGGACAGAUUCAGGAAAGAGAUGUCUCUGGUUGAUCCACGCGGCGAGAAAGUGGAAAGGAAAGGACAGAUCCCCAUCCCAAACAGCGAUGAGACAGUAACUCCAGAGUUUAAGCAUCAUCAUCCCGGGGAUUGAUUUCAGGCGCUGGCAGCACUGAGAUAUGGAAUUAAGAAGAGGUGACGUUACAGACCUCCCCCCACUCCUGAAAGGACACACCAAACAUGGGGCUGCUGAAGCAAACCAACAGCACCCUGGUGAUGGAGGAACUGGUUCUGGAUGAGAAGCUGCCACUAGUCUGGCACUCCAAUGGCAUUGUCACUCCUAGCCAGGGUCUCCAAGGUUCCAGCAGCAUCAUGAUGGACAGUACCAAGAUCCUUGGGGUCCAGGUCAUAUUGAUCGCAGCUUAUUCCUUAAUAAUUCUGCUGGGAUUCAUUGGCAACUCCCUGGUGAUCUAUACGAUAGUGAAAUAUAAAGCCAUGAGGACUGUAACUAACUUCUUCAUCGCUAACCUGGCCGUGGCAGACCUCAUGGUGGACACUCUCUGUUUGCCUUUCACCCUGGUGUACACGCUACUGGAUGAGUGGAAAUUUGGGGCUGUUCUUUGUCAUCUAGUCCCUUAUGCCCAAGCUUUGAGUGUCCAUGUGUCUACUCUAACCUUAACUGUGAUAGCUCUGGACAGGUAUAGAUGCAUUGUUUUCCACUUGGACAGCAGGAUCUCCAAGAGGCUCAGUUUCACGAUCAUAGCCAUUACAUGGUUGACUGGUGCGGUCCUGGCUGGCCCGUUGGCCAUCUUCAGAGAGUACAGGCAUGAGGAAAUCCCAUCCAUCAACCUCAAAAUAGCCGUCUGUUCUGAAAAGUGGCCUUCUGGAAAUAACAGAGAUGCCACCAUUUAUAGCCUUUCCAUGCUCCUUCUGCAGUACAUCCUUCCACUUGCCAUUAUUUGCUAUGCCUACAUCAGGAUCUGGUUCAAGCUGAAAAAUCAUAUCAGCCCCACCUCCAGCAGCGACAGCCAGUGCAGGAGGAGGAAGACAACAAAAAUGCUAGUGAUGGUGGUGGUGGUGUUCGCAGUGUGCUGGCUCCCCUUCCACAUAUUCCAGCUUGCCAUCGACCUGGAUUUGGUGCUCAUCUUCCAUGAGUACAAACUCCUUUACACUGUCUUCCAUGUGGUGGCCAUGUGUUCCACAUUUGUAAACCCCCUGCUCUAUGGGUGGAUGAACAAGAACUACCGGAAUGGGUUCCUCACGUUCUUCAGCUGCCAGAACAAGCCUGAGAGUAUCUACACUGAUGGUUCAAUUAGACGCCGGUCUUACACCUUCAAGGCCACCACUCUGAAUGGGAGCAUCAAGCACUCUGCUGGCAAUGGGCAGCUGCCGACAGAGGUAUAGAGAUGAGAAAUCCAUUAUCCACAGGGGCAGAGACUGGUUGACCCUGAAUAGUUCCUCCCAGGACUGAUACCUUUUAGAAGGAAAUGUUGUGUUGCCAAAAUAUUGUAGCUACCAUAGCCAAAUGGAAGCACCUACUGUAUCUAUCAAAACAAUCAACUGUCCAUUCUGUCUUAUGAAACAGGUUAAGUAUUCUGUCCUCUUAGUUCUGUGCUUACUUGUCCAUAAGUACAGAGAGCACUGUUUGUAUGUAAGCAUGGAAACAUGUGUUGUACAGAGGAUAUUUCCAUUUAAAAAGUGAGAUGAUUCUCUUCUGCUAUUUGUUGUGAAAAAAGCUUCCAUUCACUGAAAUAAGAUCCACCACCAAUAUGGAAUCUAUUGAGACUA